AUGCUUUGGGACUUUGCGCGGCAACUGAACCAGCCGCAGGACGUGGACGCUUGGGCGGUGGUGGAAGUGGCCGCUGCUAAAGCGCCAGCAGUGCAAGCACCAGAAAAUCUGGCCAAAAGGCUAAAGUUGCAAACGGACGCAGAGAUUGUGCGGGUGUCCGGCAGCGAAGCUGCGGAUUAUGGCGCUUCAUGCCAUGAAGAGGCUGUGAGUGUGCUGAAGCUUUCGUUGGUGAUGUUCCUGGUGAAGCGCAGCCAGGACUUAUGCAGGGAGUUGGUGAACAAAGGUCUCACUGAGUCUUUGCUGAUGUGUCUCUUGGAUGUCUCAAGACCAAUGAGACAGGCAGCUGUCCUCACAGAACUACAUCACCUGCAGCUGCUAUCACCUCACGCCAAGAACAUCGUCGAAACUGUGCUGGUGAAGCGCGAGAUGUUGCGCGCCCUCACGGCGGAGCAGCUCAUGGCGACCGCCAGCGGCGAGGACUUGGCCAAAGCACGGCGGAGGCUGCGGGCCAUGCAGCGCAAUCGAGGUGCUGCAUUCAACACUUUGAAAGUGCAGCACUCUGCGGAUGAACACGAGCUCCAACAGCGAAUCCUGGAUCAGCAGAUGGCAGAUAGCCUGGGCAUCAAAGGCCCCAGCAGCAACGCCUUCCUGACGGAGCCACUGGAUGACACCGAAGUGGAGGCCGAAAAGGACGAGGCACAAGUGCCACGUGGAGGUAGUGGCUGCUACCCUGUAAGCCGGGUACCAGUUGGUAGCUCCUCCAGUGGCCCCGUGUCUCGUGGCACUGACCAGGGCGCCUUUGCUCGUGGGUAUGAGCUCGAACAUGAUAUCAGAGAGGAACCAACCACGGAGCCUACGGUGUUGACGGCGCUUCGCAAUGUGUUGAGCGAGCCCCUCACCCGAGAGUCAGCGGAGCAAAGCUCUUUGUUGACAGAGGUGAAGCAGUUGUGCCUCAGCGCCAGGCGGCCGCCGGUGCAGCCACAAGUUCCAGCGCAGCGUCACGAACACCCUUCCCUGCUGAAGGUGGAAGAGCGAUCAGUGCAGCAUCGCCGCGCCCUGAUCAUGCGUCGUGCAGUGCGGCGGCGGCCGAUGGGGGAAGCGUCAAAGGGAUCGAGGUUUCGGAGUGGGGAUGAGACACCAGCUUCGGAAGCGGAUUCGGAGGCCACCAGCCUGGUCUGUGUGGCAGAGGCGCACGAUACUGCUGCAAUGGCACGCUCUGCUCAAAGUGUUGGCUGGGAGUGUGGGAGCCUAGCAUCUAGAGCGAGUCUCAAGCGCCAGCGUGAAGCAGCCUCGAAAGGCUACCAGCUGGUGGGUGAACCAGCCGGUCAUUGGCCGGAGAUCUCCGUGGUGGAUACUUCCAUCGGGCCAGACAUGUCACAGGAGUUCUCCUGCGAGGAUGUGUCGCAGGAGAUGCUGUCAAUGAGCCUCCAGGAGGUGAGUGCGCACGAAAUUUCGAUGAUGACCACUGGAACUGCUGCUACUGCUGGAAGUCUGCAGCCUGGGAGCCACCUGGCGGGAAGUCAAAUGGCAGCUUCGAGCCAUGCGGCCCUCCCUGAGAUCGAGGAGGAAGAGGAACAGUUGAGACCGCGAGUGCUCCAAAGUGCCGGUUUGGCCGCCCUGGUGGCCUUGCCAACUGAUCCCGUCCCAGGAAAGCUUCCAACUUUCCGAAAGAAGUUGUUGUGUGUGGCAGCACCUCCUUACCACAACUGUGUGGCUUUUAGUAGCUCCGCCCAGGAGCAAGCUCACUUGGAGCGGGUGCCAACCAGCCAGCUCUUGGAAAGGAUUGCAGAGGCUGGGAAAUUCCCUCGUCGCUGGCUGCGGAAGCACAGCACAGACGAGGCACCCUCCUCGGCGCGUGAGCAUACUCCGCACACUCCACGUCUGCCGCCUUUGCAACCGGUUUCCGCCCGUGACAAGCCACGCCUCACGCGCUGGCAAGACAAGCUCCAAGGUCUUCCUGCGCAUCCUCUGAGCCUCACAGAGUUCUUCCCAGCCAGCAAGCGCAGCGUUGACAUUGGCAGCCUGUGAGCUGCCAUUUGAGCAGUAACUGUACCGACCUCACAUGGACCACCGAAAAUGAUGAUAUGAUAUGAUGAUAAGUG